AUGCUCGCCCUUCGUCCUGGCAAAAUUAGGACGUCUCAAAUCAUAUUUAAAGAGUGCCAGUCCGCCAUAGAGUUCCAUUCCUCCCUCUCAGCCCCCCACUCGCCGAACUGUCUGCCUCCAAUAGCGAAGAGCCCCUCCUCCAGACGCCAGGAGGGAACCCUAACAAAAGACAGAAGACCUCGGGAAGCAGUGCGAGGCAAAACGCGCGUCCAUACGACCCUUCAAAAAAAUAAUCCUCUGACUAAAGAUCAGGCACCUCCUCCGACCACAAACCUCGUCCACUCGCACCCGAUUCCAUACGAACUCCCUGACCCUCGUGCUACCGCCGACCUGCCUACGGCGGGCGACGAGUUCCCCUACGACAAGUUCACCCGCUCUGGCGAAACGCUUGUGAAACUCCCCACGGGCUCCGCAACCCCAUUCACGGAUGCUAUAUUCCCCCGCACCUUCAUCCUAUGGAAUCAUAUCACGGCUGGUUUCCCAGAAGACAUCCAUGACGCUAUUGCCACUUUCCCUGAAAAGUUCAUCGCAGCCGUCCCCUUCGGAGCGGGCCCCAAGUUCUACGCCGAAAACCGAAGGGCAGAUCUUUUACUGAAUACCUUUCUCGAAGUCCUCGACUUCCCAGAUAAGGGCAAGCUUACGGUUUUCUUCCCUAUCGAAGCAAAGGAGGACAAGAAAGACAGGAACAAAGAUGAAGGACGCAGAAGAAAGAGUGCCUUCGACAAGCCGUGGCCCCUGAUCAUUACAGAUUUCUCUGAGAACUUCGCCAAAUUCCUCCUCUGUAACCAAUGCUUCGCAACGGCAUCGCAUGCUGUUUGGAAUCUCAUCCCAUUUAACCCGAAGGCACUAGCUUCGACCAUCACUGCUUUCCAGGGCAAUGUCGUUAGCAAUGACCCUGACCUGAUAGCUGAAGCUCUCGCAUGCAUCAAAGCCGCCACCUGGUGCGACGUCUCCAUCCAAAGCCUAGUCAAACGUAUCACCCAGACCCAAGGACGUUUAGGAAACCCCGCUGAGCUCACAGUAAAGAUGACUCGAUCCUGGCGCCUCUCGUACAUGGAGACGAAAAAUUUCGAAGACGACAAAGGUCCGGUCUUCCUCUUGACGAGGGAACGCAUUACCGACGACCUGGACAUGCACAGAUUGUUAGCCGCGCACAUCCGCCAACUGAAGCUCCGGGUCAACUACCAAUAG